AUGGAUACGAAUACAGCAACCCGUAAGACCGGAAACAGGAACUCGAGGAGAAGAGGUCCAAGUAACCGUCAAAGACGAAUCACAGAACUACAACAACUAACAGAAGGUUUCCGGGUUCUAACCGUUAACGGAGAAGCAUUCAAGGACCUUACCUCCGAACAAUUGAAAGAUUUAUUUGGUGAUACGAACAAUGACAUCUACCUAUCAUUAGUGAUGAUCCCAUCAGAUCCUGAUUUCCCCUAUGAAGUUAAAGGAAUCUUGAUCCAUUUAUGUGUUCCCGGAAGUUAUCCGGGGAAAUUGCCGUCUAUCACCUUGUUGAAUGAUGACAUUCCUAUUGGCUAUGGAGCCAACAUCGAGAGGGGAUUUACCAGUAUCGUUAAACAAGCUUUGAAAGGUGAAAAGUACAUGGAUAACGAAGACGAACAAUUUGCAUUACAAAUACACGGAAAAACUCUUAGUGCUCAGCUCAAUUGCUUGGAUAAGAACUUGGAGUUCUUCCUUAGAAAGAAGAAACAGAAUGCCGUUAAAGUUGCAAUACGGUCCAAUACCACCACCAGAAGCCAAACCCUGUCACCACAACCAGAGAAGACGACGAAGACGAACAAGAAGAAUAAGCAGUCACGGGAAGCAACUCCCGUGUCUGUGCCUCCACCAGUUGACAUAGAGGCAAGAGAUAAGCUCCUUGGUGAACUUACAACCAAAUUGCCUCUCAAACUACUUCAACGCUCGAACUCAGAGUUUAGGUACCAAAUAGAGUUCCCCAUCUCUAGUAGUCAAUUGCCCAACUACAUGAUCAACGAGAAGACGUACCGGGUUUUGCUUUGUAUCCCUCUUAACUAUCCGGACAAUAAGUCAUUGACCAUCAACCCCUAUGUCAAUUACACCAAACAGUUGAUCUUAAAGUACAAACUCCACACUGACCAAUUUAAACAGUUCAAGACACUCGAGAAGAAUUUGGUGAAGAAUUUCCAGGUGUACAAUAACGAGAACCAGAAUAAGCACAUUGUUUCCCAAAUGAACUGGGUAGCCAAUAAUCUUGCUAGUUUUAUGUUAGGCGAUAAAGACUUUAAACAAUGGGUAGACUUGAUUCUGAUAUACCAUUAG